UUUGUAAAUGGCCUAACUACAAACUCGAUGCCAUGUUGAAGGCCAUCAAGAACUGUGAGAUGCCUAAGGAGACCUGGACAAGUUUUGACAUCAGGGUUCUUUACAAAGCAAAUAGUUUUAGUGAGGCAAGGUUGAAACUUCGCCGGGCAGAAGAUGACACAGACCUCCAAUCAGAAGCAGAGGAGGGGAGGCCAGAAAAAAGAAAAACCAGACCAAACAAGCGCUUCCUCUCGAGUCAGGAGGAGUCUGAUGAGGAGCCUGUGAAGCGCAAACCAGUCCUCCCUAAGGUGCCCUCCAUUCCACCUCUGCCGUCACUGUUGCGUGACGCCAUUUCCUCAUCAGAUGAAAUAUCUCUGCCAGCUAGUCAACUUGCCUCUCUGCAGCCGAUUCACACCCUUGGAACUCCUGAGCCAUCCUACCAUCUUCCCUCUCAGCCGUCUCGCCACCAUGGACCUCCUGAGCCAUCCUACCAUCUUCCCUCUCAGCCGUCUCGCCACCAUGGACCUCCUGAGCCAUCCUACCAUCUUCCCUCUCAGCCGUCUCGCCACCAUGGGACGCCUGAGCCAUCCUACCAUCUUUCCCCUCAGCCGUCUCGCCACCAUGGACCGCCUGAGCCAUUCCAUCUUGCCCCUCAUGCUGCUUCUGAGAUGGACCUGCAGUCUGCAUUACUAUGAGAGAUCAUUGCCAAGCAGGAGGUGAUGUGUGAUAUGCAAAGAAAUCUGCUGCGGAUUGUUCAGGAUCUCCAUUCUACACCUACACCACAUGGACACCACAUGGACGGAAGUUUUCUGCCGUUGAGGGAUGCUGAGGCUCUUUUGUCGCUGGACCGCGACAUUAAGACAAAGCCAGAGAAGAGAAAGGACUUGGUGCUGACACUGGGCCUUGCUGGGGGCGUGAACCUCAAGGACACUGUGUGGAGGGUCAUGAAGAUGCUUAUUCAGAACGACUUGGCCUGCAAAAUGAAUUGGACAGGCCUCCAUGGCAAAACAUCAUUCCAGGGCCUAGAAGUCAAGAAUGUUGUUACAGAAGCCAUUCGGAGAAAUCCUGGAUGCAGAGAAUCCACGAACCAGGAGGUGGAGCAAUGGUUGAGGCGUUGGUUGUAUUUGGCUGGCGAUCGAGAGGGGGGAAGGAGGAGGAGAAGCACAGUCCUCCACCAUCAGCCACCCACCAACACAUAACGUCAGCCACCCACCAACACACAACGUCAGGCACACACCAACACACAACGUCAGGCACACACCAGCACACAACGUCAGCCACCCACCAGUACAUAACGUCAGGCACCCACCAACACACAACGUCAGCCACCCACCAACACAUAACGUCAGGCACACACCAACACAUAACGUCAGCCACCCACCAACACAUAACGUCAGCCACCCACCAACACACAACGUCAGGCACACACCAACACACAGCGUCAGCCACACACCAACACACAGCGUCAGCCACACACCAACACACAACGUCAGCCACCCACCAACACACGUCAGGCGCACACACCAACACAACGUCAGCCACCCACCAACAUAUAAUGUCAGGCACACACCAACACACAACGUCAGGCACACACCAACACACAACGUCAGGCACCCACCAACACACAACAUCAGGCGCACACACACACCAACACACAACGUCGUCAGGCACACACACACCAACACACAACGUCGUCAGGCGCACACAUACAUUCCACUUUGGCCCGUUUCUGGCCAUACA